CGACGACGGAUAUACGUAGUACAUAUGUACGUUUCUUUCACUGACUUCGUUCAUGUCGUAUACGAUCUCUUGCUUGUAGUGGAAAUAACGAAGAUUAUUUUUUCCCUCUAUAUUUUUGUGAUAUUUUCUUUGCAAUUUUUUAAUGCAGGCAACAUUAUAGUUCGUAUAAAGAAAAUUAAAAACAGUGAGAAAGUGCGCGAUUAAAAUUUAGUGAAGAAGAAGUGAAAAUGAUCAAUCAUUGCGUUAAAGCCGAUGUGUAAAGAAGCUUAAGGAAUCACGAAUGAAUUUCUCUUGAAAGCUCGGGUGUAAAUUAAAAUGAAGCAUCGUCGGGCCUAGUUUUGGUUGAAACGACUGCAAGAUAUUGAUACACGGAGAAGUUACAUUUUUCAUUGAUGUUUUACUUCGAAGACCGUAUGUCACGUGAAAUAACCAGGACAUGCUUGAAGGAAGCUCGAGUUCAAGGUUUCGGCAACGGUAACGACAUCGAUACAAAGAAAGAAGAGAAAGUUUCAUUCGUUGAAAUAAAUCUCUCGAGCUACUAUAAACCUUGAAACCUCAAAAGGAAAGCAUUGAAAAAAUAGCACGAAAUUUUUAGCAAAUCCUUUGAUUCUCGUGCGCUGCAUCAUGAGAAUCGAAACCAAGUAUCCGCCGUUGAUCUUAAUACUAUUGCCAGCAGUCGCGGGUUCUUUCGUGGACCUGUUGCGAAACAUGCUUCAAUCAGGAAGGGAUGAUGUCGACAAAAAUGGAAUUGUGUAUCCUGUGAUAUAUGGUGGCAUAAGAAGUCAACCUCAUGUUCCUGAUCAUGUGCCAUUUCCGUGUAAUGUACAAUUUGGGAGAUCAUUAUCACCCCCUGACAGUGUUCAUCGUUUACGACCUGGUGAUAUAGAUGUAGUCGGUGGACUGGGCGAUUCGUUGGUCGCAGGAAGCGGAGCUCUAGAAGAGUUUGCAGUAGGAACAUUUAUAGAAGCACGUGGAGUUAGCUGGUGUGUGGGUGGUCAAGGUGAUUGGAGACGAUUCUUAACCGUUCCUAAUUUGCUAAAGGUGUUCAAUCCCAAUUUAAUAGGAUAUUCAACGGGCACAGGUGAAUUUAUCUCAACGAAGGCGAAACUAAAUGUAGCCUUUCCUGUUGCUGCUACGGAAGAUGCGCUACAACAAGCUCGGAUUCUUGUUCAGAGGAUCAAAAGGGAUCGAAGAAUAAACAUAAAGAAGCAGUGGAAGCUGAUUACAAUCUUCUUCGGCGCAAACGAUAUUUGCUCCGCGGAAUGUUUCAAUCGUGCACAAUUUUCGCCUCUUCGCUACGCUCUUCAUCUGCGAAGGACGUUGGACUUCUUGAAAAUUGUUCUACCUCGUACAUUAGUCAAUCUUGUGCCAGUCAUAGAUGUUACAGUUUCUAUUAGGUUACCACAAAGUACCAUGUGCCAUAUAUUACAUCCACUUUACUGUGCUUGCAUGCACAGAGGUAAUCGACCGGACAUUGCGGCUUCGAAAAUGUCGCAUCUUUAUCAGCAAGCCGUCGAAGCUUUAAUAUAUUCAGGAAGAUACGACACGUCUCCGAAUUUUACGGUGGUAUUGCAACCGUUCAUUAAAUUAUUUAAUGCUCCGAACGCAAACCCAAAGCGAGCACCACCGAUUGACCCUAGUCUGGUGACGUACGAUUGCUUUCACUUCAGUCAAAAGGGACAUGCAUUAGGGGCGAAUUUACUGUGGAACAAUAUGCUGGAACCAGUCGGGAAUAAAACCGAGCAUGGGCUACCAGAAAUAUUUGAAAGGCUUUUGUGUCCGAACGAGAGAGCGCCGUACAUUUUCACGAAUGUAAAUUCGAGAUAUUUUCGAAUGACAGGACGCCAGGAUGAGACCAUACCCAGAUAACAAACGGAGUAACACUGACAGCGACGUUUUCUCUUGUGAUAAUUACUGAUACGUAUCUCAAUGAAAAAUCCACCGUGUCAAUUUUCACGUUUACAUGCACGCAGAUAUUCGUAAAUAGACGUGCAAAGUGAAAAAGAUGAAGAACAUGAUACCUUAGCACCCUGAUUAUUACCUAAACUAAUUAACUAUAAUACAAACGGAUAAUCCAUUUGGACAGCUAAAGAGUGAAAUUAUGAGAUAAUUUAUAUUUAUACAAUUUAUGUUUUUUACCUUCAUUUACAAUGACAGAUAAAGGAAAGUUUAUGAAAUAGACGAAACGAAAAAUCACUGUAAUUUUACAAAAUGGAACGAUGUUGAAUCACAACAAUGAAUAAUGUAAUUAACCGUACUGAAAAUAAAUUUGAAAUGUUAUGGUUAU